UUAUCAACUGUAUAAGGUGAGAGACGUGAAAUCAAAAUGCUGUGGUUAGUUGUAAUCUUAGGAAUCGUGCAUGCUAGGGAAGUUUUAGGCGCAAAUAUUCUGAUUCUGGAGGGUCUCGCCUCUCCCAGUCAUCAUGUAUUUAUGCGUGUGAUAAAUGAAGCCCUCGCGAGACAAGGUCACAAUGUUACCUCGAUCAGUGCGGAUGUCGAAGCCAAUCCCGUGGCGAAUUUAACAUAUCUACAUAACGACAAAGUGUAUGAACAUAUUUACCAAGGAUAUGAUCCUGAUGGCAAUAUGAAUUUGAUGGAGUUUGGAAGUGGUGGAAAUCUCGCUACAAUCAUCGAAGUGGAUGAAUUCUAUCGCAAUACUCUGACGGGAAUCAAGAAAUCCAAGGGUUAUCAGCAACUUUUAGCCUAUCCAGAUGACUUCAAGUUCGAUCUCAUUAUUUAUGACUACAUGGCUUUACCUGUGCUACUGGGAUUUCACCAUAAAUUCCGGAAUCCUCCCCUAAUUGGGCUCACAGCCUUCAAUGGGAUCUCUCCUUCUGUCUUCUUCGUUGGAUCUUCAUUCUAUCCAGCUUACAUUCCCUUCUACUUUGGCAGUGGAUUUCGCGACACUUUUUUCGGACGAAUAGAGAACACAUUCCUCAAUUACUUUGACUACUUCUUCAGGAAUUACUGCACCCUCCCUAAGAUGCAUUCAAUGGUUAAGGAUGACUUUCCAGGCUUGCCUCCUUUAAGUGAACUUGAACGCCAAAUGCGUCUUGUUCUGAUAAAUUACAGUCCAGCAGUUCACGAUCCCGAACCCAUGCUACCCAAUGUGAUCCCCAUCGCUGGAAUGCACAUGCAGCAAAUAAAACCCCUGCCAAAGGACUUCCAGGAGAUCCUAGACAACGCCAAAAAUGGAGUGAUUCUCUUCAGCUUGGGAACGAAUGUAAAGAGCUGGAUGUUAGGCGAAGAGAGAAUUCAAAAAUUCGUCAACGCAUUCCGAAAGCUCCCUCAGUACACGUUUAUAUGGAAAUUUGACAAUGAAGAAGUUCCCAAUGUACCUAAAAAUGUAAUCAUUAAGAAAUGGGUGCCUCAAAACGAUAUCUUAGAUCAUCCAAAUGCUAAACUCUUCAUGAGUCAUUGCGGUUUGCUGAGUACCCUGGAAUCUACAUGGCACGGCGUUCCCAUUCUAGGAAUUCCGAUUUUCCUAGAUCAAUUUACAAAUGCUGAACUGCUACAGAAGUCUGGAAUCUCUGAGACGAUUUUCAUAAAAGAUGUCACGACUGAGGAAAUCGCCAAAGUAAUCGCGAAGAUGAUGACUUCAUCCAAUUACAGAAACAAUGCGAAGAUACGAUCGCAGUUAUUCAGGGAUCAGCCCCAACCCCCGCUUGAGAGGGCGCUGUGGCAUAUAGAUUUCAUCCUCAGGAAUCCGGAUGUUGAGUUCCUCCGCAGUAAAUCCAUCCAUCUGGACAUCUUCACUCGCCAUAAUGUGGAUGUGAUAGUUUUUGUCGUGGUCAUCUUGAUGAUUUUCCUCUGUGUUGUCAGGAAAAUCCUGAAACUCACAUGUGGACGACGCAAGUCAUCAAAUCCACUGAAGCAAAAAACCAAUUAAUGUCUAUCGUGCUUCGGAACUAAUAUUUUUUGUAAUUUGUGCAAGAUGUGUAAUCAUAA